GCGUGCUCUGCUUUCGUUCCAGAAGGAAUUUCAGUCGUCAAGUGAGGAGAAUUGAUAUUUUUUCAGCAUCGAGCGUUGGUUGCAGGCCAUUCAUCGUCAUUAUCGUUACGAAAAUAUACGAUAUCUAGCGGGGCACCACAAACGACUACUUAUAAAUAUGAAAUCCUGAAAUAUGCAGAACAGGCGUUGGAGCAAGAUUCAAUUGGAGCAAGAUUUCAUGCUGCCACAAGACUUGAAUGCAGCAGCAAGACUUCUGAUGAAUGUCGUGACGUAA